AUGUGGUCUUUGAUUGAGACGUCGAAAGAAGGCGCGUACGAAUCGGCGGAAAAACUAAUCAUGUGUACCCCAAAGACGCAUGUGCUUGAGCCCGAUGAGAUGAAGUUACCUCCAUUGAAGCUGGGACCCAAGAUACAGCUUAAAUUGCGUACAUUUGGUCAGAAGGAGCAUUCCAUGAUAGAGUCGCCAUCGAAGCCUUCUAAAGUAGUUAGAGAAACGCUUUCCAUGCCUUUCCCGCAGGAAUUGGGUGUCGUCAGUCCAUUGAUAUCGUGUUCUGAUGAUGAGACUCUUAGUGAGAGCAGCAGUAUAGUGUCACCGAUUAGUGACAUCAGCUCUGUUCCCUCAUCGUCUCCUGAUGUUUCAAAAAAGCAUAUGAACAGAAACUUCUUAUAUAGCAGUGAAGGAGCUGAAAACUUAGAUACCGAGUUGUCGUUGAGCUUGUUAGUCAAUAGAACGAACAUGUCACAGGUAACGUCUAAUUUAGCCAUGGGGGCUGACGAUAACACUACAGAACAUACGGGUACUAAAAAUGGGCCCAAGCUUGGUGAAUGUUUGUUUUCUUCGAGAUAUGUCACGGCUGGAUCGAGAAAGCGUUCUUUCAGCGGUGUGAAUGGAGUAGAUAAAUGGGGGAAAUUGUGUCAUCCAAGGCAUUACAAACUAAAACCAAAAAAAUCUUCGUUAAAAUUAAGCUCUGACCGUCUGAACUUCCUAAUGGACAGUUCUAAUGGGAACGUUAGAGAUGCAACGAUAUUUGCAACCGAAAUUAAUACUUGUAAUUCCUAUGAUGUUCCAUUUCCCUCCACAAUUAUGGAAAGGGUUACCAUCCCUGUGAAUACGCAUGUAAAGGAACAUUAUAAGAACGAACGCUGCAAGCAGCUAAGUGGUUAUUACGAUGAAGAUGAUAGUAAUAGCGAUCAUGAGGUACAGGAUUCUCCAGAUGAAAAACAUGGAAAAGGUAAUGAUUCUGCUAUCAUUCGUGCAUAUGAGUUUGAACGUCUGGUAACGUUCAACGAAGAUGGUCCUACAAAAUCUUCACUCCAUCAUGACUCUAAGCCUAUAAUGGAUCGAAAUUUAAUGAGUGCUGAGGGAAGUAUUACAGCUUGUAGGGAAAUCAAAAAAGUAAGGUGGGCUCCAAAUUUGGAGUGGUGA